AUGGGCGGUUCGUGCCAGGAAUUGUUCAAGUGUGCCCGCAGUUGUCUGCCGGCACUUUGUAUCGCGUAUCUGGCUGGCGGUCUCCAAGGUUGUAUUCAGAAUACAUCUGACCCGUCCGAGGACUGGAUGGAAUCAGAAACAACAAAAAGUGCGGAGGGGUCAUUCCUAGGCGCCACCAGCACAAGCCAAGCUGCUGCGGACCCCACAGCAGCAAUCACAACUCUUGGUUUCAUACAGCCAGCAAAGACGACCACUCUCACCCUGACGACAACAACCACGUCUGUAGUCAGUGCAUGGUCAUUUGCUGGAAUCACAUCCGCAGUGUCUUUCCGGGUUAGUGAAGUGGAUGUUUCGUGGCCUGCUGUUUUGAGCAGCGGUUCCCAUCAACGCUUUGAGUACUUCUUGGCCUACGCCCACAAGCCAACGAAUCUUACUGUGGAAGACGUGCUGAACGCUUCUGACGAUUCAGACUCCGACGACUCCGACGACUCCGAUGAGGGUGGCACGGACAGUGUUAUUGUUCUUCGGCUUGGAGACCAGUUGAAUGCGUCGCUGAAGAACAUGACACCUAACACUACUGUCUCGUUGCUGGCCGUAGCUGCCGCUUUCGGACACGAUGAGAUGUCGACAGAUCAACUUACUAUACAUGUUUUGGUUGCGGGUAUUGACAGCAUCCGCGCAGAAGGCACAAGGAUAGUGCCUGUGGAAGCCGGUGAUGAACUGGAAGUAGAAGCCAACGCAUCAAGCAUCAGCUUGCUUGCCACGGACAAGGCAGCUUUGCCUGACGUCUCGCACGGGUCCUGCUUGACGGGCACUGACAGCUCCGGGGAGUCUUUCUUCGUCAUAGCGGAGAACAUCACUGUUCGGGGGCUCAUGCUUGUUGCUGAUACACGGCCAGCAGCGAUCACUGACGUUUACAAGCAGCUGCAGCUGGACACCACGGUCUCAUUACCAAGCGAAGGGUCUGAGGGUCGUCGGCUCGAGGACUUACAGAAGACCCGCUUUUGGUCGAUGUUGAAGGCUGUGCACUUGGACUUCGGGGCGGGGUUAAACCUGGAGGGUGAGCUGCGGGCAAACGCACAGGUCAGGGUGAGCCUCAGCAUCAUUUUUCCUGGUAUCAUCAGUUCUAUCCUGAUUACUACAGACUUCGACUGGUCUUUAAGAAGCAGCCUUGAGUUCAACCGGAUGACGAACGUCCUUAGCAAGGAAGCUUCUGCAUCUGUCCCAAUGCCCAAGCUUCCUCCCAUCCCUACCCCCAUACCCGGUGUGUGGAUCCAGCUCGCCCCCUCUCUCCUUCAGUUCUGGUGCCACUGUUACUGCUCAGAUGACAUCAGCAUUGACCGUUGA